CAUGAAGAUAAGCCCGUCUGACGGGGCACAGAUUCUAUAAAAAGACCAGCUGUGAACAUCACCCUCACCGUGCCUAAUCCUCUCAUCUAGAGCUUCUCAGCAGCAGACGAGAUGCAUCGUUCUAUCGUUGUUAUCACGACGCUCGCGCUCCUGGCCGGUGCUGUCUCGGCAUGGCUUCCCAAGGAGCACGACUUGGCUGCUUUCAAGGGCAUCAACAAGAUCAGGGGCGUUAAUUUCGGCGGUUGGCUCAUCUGCGAGCCAUGGAUGAUGAGCGACGAGUGGAACAACGUCAUGGGCUGCAACGGGGCUGCCUCCGAGUUCGACUGCAUGCUAAACAAUUACAUGGGAAGCAAUCGAGCUGCCGGCAACGACAAGUUCGAGACUCACUGGAGGACUUGGAUCAAUGCCGACAGCGUCGAGUCAGUCCACUACGUUGGCCUGAACACGAUUCGCAUUCCCAUCGGGUACUGGUCCUACGUGGACAUUGUCGACAAGGCCAGUGAGCCCUUUGCCGACGGCAACAGGAUGCUCCCAUACCUGGAUGCCGUUGUUCAAAAGGCUGCUGACCUUGGCAUCUAUGUCAUCAUCGAUCUGCAUGGGGCUCCCGGCGGGCAGCAACAAGACGCCUUUACCGGCCAGAACAACAAGCCAGCCGGUUUCUUCAACGACUACAAUUUUGACCGCGCCAACAGGUGGAUAUCCUGGAUGACGAGGCGCAUCCACACAAACCCUGCCUACGCCACCGUCGGCAUGAUUGAGGUUCUCAACGAACCCGUCUCCGGACACGACCCGGCCGGACGGUACCCUGCCCCGGGUCAGGUUCCGGGGCUGGUCCAGAAGUACUACCCGGGCGCUCUCAAGGCGGUCCGAGAUGCCGAAGCGUCUCUCGGAGUGGCUGACGGCAACAAACUCCAUGUGCAGUUCAUGUCCCAGAAAUGGGACUCAGGCAACGCGCGCGACAACUCUGCCGUGGCCAACGACCAACGCACUGCGUUCGAUGACCACAACUACAUUGGCUUCGCCUUGAAAGACGGGGGCAACCGGGACAGCCUCAUGAGGAGUGCCUGCAAUGACCAUCGCACCGUGAACGGGCAGGCAUUCACCAUUACCGGCGAGUGGAGCAUGACAUCCAGCGUGAGCCCGGAUGACAAAGACUUCUUCAGGAAGUUCUUCACGGCCCAACAACAGCUCUACGAGGAGCCUGGGAUGAGUGGCUGGAUCUACUGGACGUGGAAAACACAGUUGAAUGAUCCUCGAUGGACCUACUCUCAUGCCACGUACCUCAAUCUGAUCCCCACAGAUGCCGCUGCCUUGGAAAGGAAUGUGUAUCAAGAUAUCUGUUACCCUUAUAGAUAGAGACACAUACUACUUUUUAGAUGAGGUCUAUUCAUACCUCUUAUAUUUUACUAAUGUGCCGUCAGUUUUCCCCUUAAGCAUCAAAUUUCAUAAUUUGGGAUUUUAAUUUCGAUGAGGAAAUUGGAAAUUGUUCCUGUAAAUUCUUAUCAGAUUUCCGUGUUCCAAAAUUCCAGAAUAUAGCCAGCCAAAUGUUAAAGCA